UUCUGUCGAGCUUGCCCUGGAUUCAUGAAACAUAUACAUUAUUUUUCGUUAGAUUAACCAAAAAUUUGUCGUGGUGUACAACCAACAGUGACAGAAAAUGGUUACAAUGGAUGAACUUUGCGGAAUGGACUGCAGUGUUUUGAAGAGGUUGAUGAAGGACGACAGUGCAAAAUGUCUAGUGUUGGACUGCAGAUCAUUUUUAGCGUUCAGCGCGGGGCAUAUCAGAGGUGCUGUGAAUAUUCGGUGUAACACCAUCGUAAGAAGACGAGCGAAAGGCUCUGUGAGUUUGGACCAGAUUCUGUCUGGAGACGAAGAAGUCAAAAUCCGACUAAAAGCAGGGCUCUACUCCGCCGUUAUCUUGUACGAUGAAAGGACUUCAGAUAUAGACACUAUAAGAGAGGACGGCACAAUCGCGCUGGCGCUUAAUGCCUUGUACAGGGAUACAUUUGGAACAAAAGUGUAUCUGCUUAAAGGGGGCUACGAGAGAUUUUCCUCCCAGUAUCCCGAGUUCUGCUUAAAAACCAAAUCGUUGCCAGUGCCCGCUAGUCAGUCCAGUUUUGACGCCAGCUGUUCUUCCUGUGGAACCCCGCACCACGACCAGGGUGGACCUGUGGAAAUCCUGCCCUUCCUGUUUUUAGGCAGUGCUCUACAUGCUUCCAAAAAGGACAUGUUGGAUGGCAUGGGAAUUUCUGCCUUACUGAAUGUGUCUUCAAAUUGCCCCAACCACUUUGAGGGGGCUUACCAGUAUAAAUGCAUCCCAGUGGAGGACAACCACAAAGAAGAUAUCAGCUCCUGGUUCAUCGAAGCCAUUGAAUUCAUAGACUCUGUGAAGGACUCGAAUGGGCGUGUUCUGGUCCACUGUCAGGCUGGGAUUUCGCGGUCGGCCACGAUAUGCCUGGCUUAUCUGAUGAAGAAGAAGCGUGUUCGUCUGGAGGAGGCUUUUGAGUUUGUCAAACAACGUCGCAGCAUAAUCUCCCCCAACUUCAGCUUCAUGGGUCAGCUCCUGCAGUUCGAGUCGCAGGUGCUGGCCACGUCCUGCUCCGUGGAGGCUGCCAGUCCCUCUGCAACUCUUGGUCCCAAGUCUUCCACCCCCACAUCACCGUUCAUCUUCAGCUUCCCUGUCUCCGUGGUUACGCACACCCAAGCCAGUAGCCUGUCCUACCUUCAAAGCCCCAUCACAACCUCACCAAGCUGCUGAUACAAUGUCCGAGCUGUUGCCAUAGAGACACUUAGACACAAGCUUCCACGGAGAUCUGUCCCAGCAUGGGGACAGAAGAAGGCUGUUGAGUGUGGCGAGUUUUUCCAAGGGAGAUAAAUGUUUUCUUAUGGUCAGCACUGUCAAGAGAAACAAACCAAUGGGCCAGAGAUCACCUCUUCAUUUUUUGGUCCAAAGUAGAGUUGAACAACAACAACAACAACAACAACAACAAGCUGUCCCCACUACCCAUACACAAGAAAUCUGAAGGCGGGCCAUGUCAAAGUGAUGGGACAGUCACUACACACCCUUCAACCAGUGUGACUUUUCCUUACCACAGUCCCUACGUCUGUUCCGGACCCAGCGGAAGAAUCUCUAAAGACUAAAAAUAGUAAUAUGCUUAGGUCCAUCCAGCCUUCAGUCCAGUCAUUUCCUGCGGUUGCUUCCAAAGACUUCUAAAGAACUGCUGGCAGAUGGCUCCCUGACAUGAGGGUAGUUCGGAGCGGGUAAAAGUAGCUCUCCCGUUGUAAACCCGGCCCGCGUUCUUUCUUCCUGCCAGAGAGCGUAAAGCUCGUCAGCCCUGACAGGUGCUGCCCGACGCGUCUGCGCCUCCCAUUUAUCACCUCCUCCACUCCUCUAACCCUCCAACCACCUUCUCUCUCCCUUUGGGGAGAGGCAGGACUGACAGAAAGACUCAAACCCUGAAAUAGGACAGACCUGCCGGAGAUCUGAGACUGGCUACCUGUAAGGGUGCUAAAUACUGUGCCGCGUGACAAGGUGGUCUGGAAAUGAGGUCUGGCAGGGAACGGUUUUCAUUUUGUUCCUUUGACAUUAUUUAUAUUCUUUUUUUUUUCUUUUUUUAGUCAGUGCCUUGUACAGAGGACAAAAAAAAGGUACAGGACUCUUUUUUUCCCGGAUGCUUUCGCUCAGCAACCUUCCUUUUAGGAUCACACAAACAAAAGGCAGACCAACAACAGACAACUCUCUCGAAUGAAAUGUAAAAAAAAAAAAAAACAAAA